AUGGCGGGCACCGCCGGUGGGUUGUCGGGCAUGAGGGUUUUCGUAAACAACGUGGAUGGUUUCCUGGCGGGUGCUAUUUGCGCCGACCUCUGCAAGUUGGGGCCGAGCUUCGUCGGCACUCGCAAGGGGCGCGCAGACGAGCUGGUUCCGCCGAUGGUGAGGAGGAUUGUCCCGCGGGUGGAGGUGCGCCGAUUGCUGAAAGCGGUUGCCGCCUGCGACGUGAUCAUCUACGACUUACACGACGCGGACCUGGAGGAGUUGGAGUUGGUGUUGCAGACGCUCCACUCUUCGCAGCUGCGACAGGACGUUGUCUUCAUCCUCGUAUCUUCCGUCGGCGUCUGGGCGAGGACACAGCGCGAGUACGAGGAGAUUGUCGAAGAGCCGGCGCCAGUGGAGCCACCCGCUGCCGACACGCCUGUAGAGUCGGAGCAGCCGAAAGCAGAGCCACCACCUGCAAGGGCUCCCAAGUCGAAAAGCAAAGCCCGAACAUCGCCGCCGCCAGCUGCGCCGACACCCUCGGAGCCAGCGCCUGCCGAGGAUCCGGUGGCCGAGGCUGUGGUGGACGCGGAGCCAGCGGAGCCAACGCCGCCCAAGCUGCGGCCACGGCCGCUGCGGUCGGAGGACUACGUACGCCGGGUGCCGGCAGUGAAGUUCCAGGAAUGGAAGGCCAUCGAGGCGCAGGUGCUGGCGCUGAGGGGCAAGCCUGGCGUUUCCCCGUACGUGGUGUGCUGCGGGAUCCCCUACGGUAACGGGGAAGACGCCUUUCUGGGCCUCUUCAAGUCUGCCUGGCAGACGCUGCCCACCUUGCGAGUCAUAGGCGAAGGGGACAACUAUUUGCCCCUGGUGCACGCCCGGGACGCUGCGCGCAUGGUGCGAGAGGUUUUGGAGCGGAGGCCUCGUUUGGAAUACCAUCUGGCUGUCGACAGAGGCGACAUGACGCAGCGUACCCUCGUCGAGUCCGUGGCUGCCGAGUUCGGCAUGACCGAACCAGUCCCGUCGAUCAGUGUUCCUGAGGCCCUCUUGGCAGAGCUUGCAGACAUGCUCACGUUAGACUUGCGGAUGCUGCCCAGCUCGCUCGUAGAGGCGGCGCCGUCGGAUGUCCCUUCUGGUACGGACGCUGGGGGCACGCCGGUCGGCGGAAUUGCCACAGGGCCGUCCUUCCGCUGGUGGUGCGAGCAGGGGCUGGCCGCGAAUAUCGGCAAGAUUGCCUCCGAGUUCUGUCGCUGGCGGCGACUGUCACCGCUCCGCGUCUGCAUCGCUGGGCCGCCAGGCACCGGUGCGGACGAGCUGGCGCAGCGGCUGGCGAAGCAGUACCGCGUGCCCUCCGUCGACUUCUACCAGCUGGUGGAGGAGCAGCGCCGGGCACCGACCCCGCUGGGCGCCCAGCUCGCGCAGGCGAUGGACGAGAUCGAGAAGGGAGUGGCGAACCCAAAGUAUACAGGUGUCUUCCACCUCCCCGCGCCUCUCGCGGCGCAGUGCGUGGAGGAGGGCCUCAGGUCCAGGCCCGCGGCCUACCGCGGCUACGUGCUCUCGGGGUACCCGCGCCAGGCCGACGACCUGCCCGAGUUCUUCUGCGAGGACGCGCCGCCGCCGCCGGCCGCGGAGGAGCCCCCGGCCUGCGAGCUGCAGGGCGAGGGCGCACCGCAGCCCGCGGAGGAACAGCCCCCGUCGAUUGUGCUGCGCGGGUCGGCGGUCCAGGACGCCGUCGUGCUCCUGUCCUGCCCAGAGCAGAGCUGUCUGGCUCGCCUGAGGAGCAGUAGCAAAAACGGCACGGCUCUCGAGGGUCUCGCCAAGAGGAGGAUCGAGGGGUGGACCAAGGAGAAUCCGCCCGAGCCGGUGCCGGGUGAGGGUCUUGCUGGCGCCAUCGCGGAAAAGCUCGGAAUGGAGCCAGUGCGGCUGAACUCCGACGAGGCGGAUAUGGAGGAGAUGGUGAGGCAGGUCGUCGGGCAUCUGCAGGCGAGGCGGGCCGUGCGCAACUUCCUGCGGCCCGUCGAGGUCCCCCGACCAGAGCCGGCGGAGGAGGAGCCCGUCGAGGGCCCGUCCGCCGCAGACGAGGCGGCCAGGCGGGAGGCGGACGUCCUGCGCCUGCGGCGGAGCGAGCAGGCGCAGAAGCUGGAGGCGCUGAAGCGCGAGGAGCAGAAACAGCUCGAGAAGCAGUCCGAGCCGCUGCGCCAGUAUCUCACCAACCACGUGGUGCCCACGCUCACCAGCGGGUUGAUAGACCUGUGCCGCGAGCAGCCCGAGGAUCCUGUCGGCUAUCUCGCGGAGUACCUGUCGGUCUACUCUCAGGUGGCCAAGGCUCAUGGCAAGAAGCCAUCUGCCAGGCCGGCCUGA